AUGGAUCUCUUCGAUGUUUACCUCGACGAUUUUCGGGUCACUUGCGAGAGGGUAAAGGAACUCAUCGAUAACCUACCCCUGCUAACAGAAGACGCAUUUAAAAACGCCGAGAAAGAGAUAAACUACGAGAUCAACGAAGCCAACCAAAUAAUCGAGAGUAUCAAUGUCGUGGCUCACAACACCCCAAAUAAGCAACAAGUAGAGGAAGCGGUGGUCCUGUGCAAGCAAAAGGUGAAGGAACUGAAAUCCCUGCUCAAGGAGGCGUCGAUACGAACCGACCGUAUCAAGCUGCUCGGAAACGGCAAUUCCACAGACGACACCCUCCCGUCUCUUAGCGCGCGCUCGUCUCUGCUACAGGACAACCAAAAGUUGGAAAAUGGAAUCCAGACGAUCGACUACGCCACCAGCACCGUGUAUCGUGCUAGAGACACCGGCAAAACUUCCCUCGAUACGCUCGUUAUGCAGCGAGAUCAGCUGUUAGGACAACAGACUAGAUUGGAACGCAUGCAAGACAAGCUUAAAAAUUCUUUAAAGAUGAUCACGACGAUUGCCUUUCGAAUGUCCGUAAACGAUAUGUUGAAGGUCGCGAUUGUUUGCGCGCUUAUUUUCUUCACCGCACUCAUCAUAUACCUAAGAUGGAUCCAUCGAGCGGAGACGUAUGCAUGGCAACCCCCUGAAUCUCGUUCUGGGCCAAGCUCCAAGCUGUAACUUGACCUUUAUGCCUGUUACGCGGACUUUGGCCCCCUGAUACCCGUUCCUUCUAGAAAAGCGAAUGGCGUGUUUUGAGCUCCUCGUUCCCCACAGCAAUUUUACGUAUGGGCGCGCACGGGGACCCGGACGUUGCAUCGCGUCUCGUCUCUGCGCUUCUCACAGAGCCGGGUGUCGCGCGCGCGAGCAAAAGACGGGCCGCUUGCAGGGAGAGGCUGCACUCUUUGAUUCGUCCAGAUCACGGACACCACUUUUUAGGGACGGCCUCGUUUGAGUGAGAGUUGUCGA